GGAGGAGAUGGAGAAGCGCAAACCACACACACACAAACACACACACACACACGCGGACGCACCGAGAGAACCCAGAGGGGAGCGCACCCAUCAGACGGACAACUUUGGAAAAUUAUAGCAAAGGACUUUUAAAUUGGAGAUAUGAAUGUUCCACAUGUGAGACAACUCGCACUUUUUUGUUUGAUCUGCUGCAGGUUUUGGAACGCUUCAGAUGCGAGUUAUUACCAGAGAUUGGAAGAUGGAGUUGUGUUCAGAACGGUCCGAGAAGACGAACCCACUCAACUCUCGUGGAGAGAUGACGACGAGCAGCAGCAAGUACAGAACCUUUUCAAAAGAUUCCUGUUUCAUUAUUCAAAAGCAAGGACCUCCGCUGACCCGGAGGAGAACAUGUCCAACUCUGUUCACCCUCUGAUGCGACUUUCACCUAAACUAUCUCAGCGGAGGAAGAAGACGGUGGUGCUUCUGAAUAUUUGAGAUUGGCCGCCGCAAGAUCGCGGUUGAGAAGAAAAAAGAAACACGGGAGAGGUCUCCUCCACGCAGUUGUCAUGGUCGGUGUGGACGUGGUCUUCAGGGUGGAAGGGACUGCACGUUUGAUGCUUGUGAGCAUGACUCGGAAGUGUUGAUAACUUGCUGUACAUUAAAUACACGCACUAUGAUUAAACCUGGCUUUCAAAGUCU